AAAAUCAGCUGUCACUGUCUGCUCGUUUGGACAGAGGUGAACACAUAGUACUGGAGCUGGUCUCCGACACUGACUGGGAUUUGCUUUGGCUUGGAACGACCCUGCAGGCCGGGGGUGCAGUGGCCUUCGAGUGGGAUUUUUAUGUGCUGAGCUCCUUUUUUUUGUAUUUCAUUAUCCUCCUUUCCUGCUGCUGGCAGCGCAGGUUGAACCAGAACAGGACUUCCUGAAAGAGAUAUAUAAACCAGAGGAACCGGAUUCACUCUGUGGACUCAGAGGUCAUCCCACUGGCCGACUGUGAGGCCGUGUACCAGCCAGCUGUCUCCAAGCAAGCAGAUAACACCAUCCCCAGCGGGGUCAUGGAGGAGUCGGAGGUCUGCUCCCUGCCUGGGGGACUUGCCAGUGUGAGGAAACAAUUUGAGACCCAGGAAACUGCAACAUCACACAAUGUAACCCAGUUCCAUUUUCAUCACAGAAGUGUGCAGGAAAUGUCCAACUCUGAGGUGACAGUGUCAAGCAGCAGCAGGCAGGUCGUCCCAGGCAGUCAGCAGCUAAAUUUCAACCAAGAAACAAUGGUGACGUACAGCGACAAUACCUUGGCAUCUAGUUAUGAAAACCAUCAAAAUGAAACAGAAGAGGACUUUCCCAGGUACACAACAAAAGAACUGAGGGAUCGCUUUGAAAAAACAAUAGAAGAGGCUGCUCCACAGAAACCAAUUAAGAUUGGACGUGAUAUCAAUCGAUCUAAGUGGUCCUCAAAUGUGACACAAAGCAACACCAUGACUAGAGAGGUGUAUGGAGCAUCCGCCACUGAGGCUGCAGAAAACAUAUCGGCUGAAGUGAUGGAUUAUGAGGACUUUCCGCCCCCACCACCUGAGGAUUCAGACUAUUUUCCACCCCCACCUGCAAAUUUACUAGAAAUGCCAUCAGACAGUGAAAAUAUUUCAGCAUGCCAUUACUCACCUGGGCCUCCGGAACCGGCAAACCCCUCCAAAUACUUGCUCAGCAAAGAGGCUUACUUCAAUCAGAGGAGUAUGCAUGAGCUGAAACGUCUUUGCAAGCACAUUCAUCCUGAGGUUCGUAAGAAUAUAGAGAAGGAAUACUACAGUGAUUACAAUGAAACUGAGAACAACCAGUUAGAGAACCAAGAGUACAUGUAUGAGAAUGAUGGUGAUAGUCCUGAUGAUAUCAACGAUGAAGAAUACAUGGAAUGGGAAGAAAUUCUUCCUGGGGAGGUGCAGGCGAUGCGAUGGAAGUUUGAAAAUAAGCCACUUGACACCAUUAAAGAUGAGACUCCUGAUGAGGACGAUGACAACAACAAAAUAACUGAACAGGAAAUGAUUCUUGGAAAAGAUGUGAGACGUACAGCUUGGAUGUUUGAGACCAAGCCAAUGGAUGAGCUGAGUUUACACAAUAUCAACUCGACAGAAUAUAAAAACAAAUUCAAUAAAUUUGAUAAAGGAGAUGUCCGCGCUGCAGCGUGGUUGUUUGAAACCCAAACAAUGGGCACCCUAAAUAAAAUGCAUAAGGAGGAGGAUUUAACAAAAGAGAUUGUCUUUACAGAGGAGGAUGGAAAUGCUACUAUUUACAUGAUUGACAAUAAGUACAUGGAAAGCCUUGGCCACACUGAGACCAUUGAUGAGAGUCACCUCUUGAGUCUGAGGUCAGUGUUAGAAGAAAUUAAUGGAGAGGUGAAAACUGUUACGAGCACUUUUGACACUCAGUUUAAAUGCAUCAUUAUGGGACAAUCAAGCCAAAUGCUGGAGAUUAAGUCUGUGCGUAAAAUUGAAAGUGAAUUGGAGAACUCCAUUGCUUCACGUUGGCUUUUUGAUACCCAACCCCUGGACAUGACAAACAGAGAAUCUACAUCUUUGAAACUUGUGUGUAGUCUUUCCAUGGAGGACAGCAAUAAGGGAGACUGGGGCAGGUGGUUGUUUGAGAUAAAGACAUUAGAUUCUCUCAAUGAGUGGGAAAGCUCAAAAAUGGAGAAGAAAGAGAUUAGUGGAGCCGAUGUGCGCAAGCACUGCUUAGUGUUUGAAACCCAGCCAAUGGAUUCUCUGAAGGAUGACUCCAAUUCGAGAUCCCAGUCUAUUGAAGAAAUUAUCGGGGGCAAUGUUAGAUCUGCGAGGCACUUUUUUGAAAGCAGCCCUCGAGUGGAGAGGAAAACUGGCCCUGAGGUCGGAAAACUUCAAAAGGCUAAAGUAAAUGAAGAAAUGAAAGGCGAUGUGAGACACCAAAAGUGGCGCUUUGAGAGUCAACCUCUAGAGCACAUAAGAGAGGGGAAGAAAAAGGUUACCCGCACUGUAAAUGUUGAGGACGACCUCACACAGGAGGAUGGCACAAGCUGCAAGGCAGAUGUUCGCAAGAACUGCUGGGUAUUUGAGACUCAGCCAAUGGAUACUUUAAAAGAUGAUUCAAAUACUCAGCCCCUGACAAAAGAGGAUAUUAUUGCAGGUAAUGUAAAAUCAGCCAGAAAUUAUUUUGAAACGUUUCCAACUGUGGAGUUGAAUGAGCUUGCAGAGGUGGGCAAACUGAAAAAAACAGAAGCACUUAAUGAGGAGAGGGGUGAUGUUAGACAUCAGAAAUGGCGAUUUGAAAGCCAACCACUGGAGCAUAUUCAGCAGGAAAGGAAGGACGUCAUCCGAACGAUCGACCUGGAAGAAAUUGAUAGAGUUGAUGUCUCAAACUACAAGCAAAUCUUUGAGAGCACAGACUUAAACUGUAAGGAUGAAUCUCAAAAGAUUCUCAUAGAGGGUGUAACAUCUGGUUCUGUGAAAUCAAAUAAAAACCUGUUUGAGUCUACUUCGCUGUAUGCCAUGCAAGACAGCUCAGGGCACUUCCAUGAGGUGAAAACAGUGCGGCGGGAAGAGGUUGUGAAAGGGGAUGUAACAACAUGCAAGUGGAUGUUUGAAACAAGACCAAUCGACCAGUUUGAUGAAAGCAUUAAUAAAUACCAAAUUAUCAAGGGCAUAUCCAAAGAAGAAAUAGAGUCUGGUGAUGUUAAAACUGCAAAGUGGUUGUUUGAAACACAGCCUCUUGAUGCUAUUAAGUACUUCAGCAAUAUUGAAGAUGAAGAGGUUGUGGGGACAAGAAGUAAUCUCGAUUUCAUGAAGGGUGAUGUCAAAACCUGCAAGUGGCUAUUUGAGACAAAACCAAUGGACAUCCUGUAUGAAAGAGCGGAGUUAAAGGGUGAAAAUGAACCUGAAGAAAUGCAUAAGGGAGACGUCAAAACCUGCACAUGGCUUUUUGAGACACAAGCACUCGAUAGUAUCCAUAAUGAGACAGAGACCAUUUUAAAAACAUGCACUGUCAAUCAAGAGGACAUUAGAGGAAAGGAUGUAAGAACGGCUUGUUUUCUCUUUGAGACAGAGAAAAUGGAAAACCUCACCGGGGAGGAAACGGGCUCUUUUAAGCGUGUCACCGAGAUAGACAUUGCAUCUGGGGAUGUGUCAGGAAUGAAAUACAUUUUUGAAAACCAAACGUCCGAUAUCAUGACUUCUACAUCUGAGGAGGUAAUGCAAAAGCUCAAGAGAGUUCAGACUGAGGACAUACAAAAAGGAAACGUGGUGAACUGCAAAUGGCUCUUUGAAAACCAAUCCAUAGAUACAAUCCACGAUAGCCAAGAGGAAUUUAUUAACAGCCGCACAGUGAAUGAUGUACAAGGAGGAGAUGUAGAUAAAGGACGUUUCAUUUUUGAGACCUACUCCUUAGAUGAAAUUCAGGAGACAGACACAGAGCUGAUGAAAAUGCGAAAAAUUGUCCGUGAUAAAGAUGAAAAGGGCGAUGUGAGAAAUUACACCAUGAUGUUUGAAAACCAGCCCCUUUACGCCAUUCAGGACAAAGAGGGCAUUUACCACGAGGUCACCACUGUCACAAGCGAGGAAGUAACACGAGGAGAUGUUGUCGGAACCCGGUGGAAGUUUGAAACCAAGCCCCUUGACACCAUCAAGGACACAGAUGAGGUUUAUAUCAUUAAAUCUGUCACACAGCAGGAUGUGCAAAAAGGAGAUGUCACGUCUGCCAAGUGGAAAUUUGAGACACAACCUCUCGACAGGAUUGCUGAAGAGAAGAAGGCUUUCAUAAAAACUGUGGAUGAUAUUCAGGGAGGCAAUGUUAGGAUGAACAAAGAUCGUUUUGAGUCUGACGCACUGUCACAGGAAUCUGUUAGAACGGUUAAUGUGAGUGAAAUACAAAAAGGUGACGUCAGGUCUGCGAAAUGGAGAUUUGAAACCCAGUCCAUUGACAAAAUAAGAAGCAUGAGCUCUGAAAAUCUGAUUGAAACAGUUAAAAAGGAGGAGGUUGAAAAGGGAGAUGUCAAACAUUCAGUCUGGCUCUUUGAGAAAAAUCCUCUUGACCACAUUAAAGAGGUAAAUGAGGACGAAGGUACAACCAUUACAUCACAAGAGGAGAUUUCCAAAGCGGAUGUAAAGACAACAACGUGGCUCUUUGAAACGACACCAUUUGACGACUUUAACGAGACAAAAAUGGAGAAGACUGAAAUCCUGGGUAAGAGUGUCAAGGGAACUCUUGAAGAACUUUAUAGUCAGAAAAUGGUUAAGUCACAGGGAAUACUCAUUGAAGCGGAUGAAAUUGGCGACGUUAGGAUGGCAAAAUACCAGCUAAUGAAUAAGGAGGCUCCGGAAAUUCAGCGAGAGGAUGUCAUCAGGGGAGAUCUGCAGACUAUUAUGAUGAAUCUGCUGAACAGACAGGAAAGACAGGAGCAGCAGAUAGUCAUAGAUUCAGAAGAGAAGGGUAAUAUCAGUUCUACGGUGCAUCAACUUUUCAACCAAGAGAAAGGCAGCAGUAUUGAAAGGGAGGAAAUAUUACGAGGUGACAUUCAGGAAGCUAUAAACAACCUUUUCCAUGAGAGUGGUUCAGCCAAACAUGGAAUACUCAUCCAGGAGGAUGAGAAAGGAGACGUGCAGAUGACAUUAUAUUCCCUUCUCAAUAAACAAGAGAAUGUUAAUGUUGAAAAAGAGGACAUUGUAAGAGGGGAUAUUAAGAGUGCUCUUCAAAGUCUGUCCAGCUCAGACAAGACAGAUCAGGCAGUGAAGAUAAAGGUAGAUGAGGCUGAAAAAGGGAAUGUCAACUUUUACUCCACAUGCAUCGAAUCUGGGGCUCUCGACUAUCUUAAAGAGCUCCACGUAGGACCUGAUGAGACUCUAGCGGACAGAGCAGAAAAAGAGAAGAUCAUUGGAGGUGACAUCAAAAACACUAAACUUAUCCUUGGCCGUAAACAAAUGCAAAUUGAGCGUACCGUGGAGGAUGUUAUACCCGGUGAUGUUCACAACACGGUGAAGGUUUUCAUGUCAGAGCCAACCCUCCCAUUGGAAAGAGUCCAAAAGGAGGAGAUAGUCAAAGGCGAUUUAAGAGCUGUUUUAAAUUCAUUGUCUGAAUCAGCGAAUCAGACAGUUGUUGUAGAGAAAGAGGAGGUCGUGAAAGGCAACAUACCGAAAACCCUGCAGUGUCUCGAGAGGGCUCAAAAGCGGUACAAAGAGGUGGAGAAGCCAGAUAUCAUACCUGGAAAUAUCAAAGGAGCUCUGAGAUCUCUUGAGAAAUCAUCGACAUCCAGAGUUGAAGCUGUUGUAGAGGAUUUAGUUUCUGGAGAUGUGAGGGCCACACUGAAAUCUCUGGAGCUGGCAAAGCAAGUGGUGAAGGAAGUUGAAAAGGAAGAAAUUGUGAGGGGCGAUAUUCGCACAGCAAUGCAAAGUCUGCAUGAUGCCUCCAGUGAGAGGAGGACAUGUCAACAGGGAAUAGAUGUUCAGGGAGACGUCAAAGGAACGAUCCAGCUCUUAAUGGAGACUCCACCUUCACCGAGGAUGGAAAGGAGCCCAAGCCUCGAGCGUGACGUAAAGGGUGAUGUGAAGAUGUCAAUUAAGUCAUUAUAUGAGAUGCAGGAGCAAUCCCAACUGGGAAAAGAAGAAGUGAUAAAGGGUGAUGUUAAAGGCACUAUUAAAUCGCUGUUAGAAACAGCACAGCGUGAAGCUCCCAAAGUCAGACUUGGAUCAUACAGAAGAGUUCGAGUCAAGCAGAGCCCUCCAGUUAAAAACCUAAAUGCUGAUGCACAGAGGAACAUACAAAAGAUAAAAACUGCUAAUUCAGUUGAGACAUCAAAAGAAAAUCACUCCAUCUCUAAUGAAACUGAUAUUGUUAGAACAAUGUCAAGUUCUGUGCAGCAGUCUGCUCAGCAAUCAACAACUGUGGUGGAGCAUAGAACGAUUACCCAAAACCAUGGCAUCAAAACAUUAAAGACAGAGUUUCGUAAUCUAAAGUCGAAGGGAAAGGGAACGAAAAAACUAGACAAAACUAAAGUAAAGACUGGUGAUUACAUCACACAGUCACAAACACCGGAGCCUGAUCUGCCUCUCCCACCUCCACCUCCACCGGUGGAAGACACGGACCUUCCUCCUCCUCCUCCUCCUCCUCCUCCUCCCUCUGUUGAUUCUGACAUUGAUCACCUUCCUCCUCCACCACCACCACUUACCAGUGAGCAGGACUUCCUCCCACCUCCUCCAUCUCAACAAGAACUGGAGAGCAUGCCAAAACGGGCAAUUCAUACUUCACCAGCAAAAGCAAAAAAGAUGAUGGUCAAAAAAGUGAAAGCUCCUGUUUUACACCAGGUCCAAAAGCUGGAGCCUAAAGUGGAAUUCAGUAAAACACAACAGGUGGAGGUUAAAUCAGAGAAAGUGGUAGAAAUAAACCGAAACCAAUCGAAAACAACACAUACAUCAAAAACUGUUUCAUGUGAAAUCCCUCCUCCGCCUGAGUCACCACAGCCACUAAAGAAAGUUUGCAUCUCUCCUGUGAAAUUUACCCCUCCACCCUCUCCUCCGCCUAUCAGAGGGAAAAUUAGUAAAUUUAACACUCCAUUAAUAAAAGCAGAAGGAAAGUACAGGAAGCUGGUGGAGGAAAACACCCCCCCAACCACUCCAACACCCACUUACAUACAUGACUCAGUUACUGCUGCUCUUGAAAUGCUCUCCACCAGCGAUAUAGAGCAGUCAAAUAACAACACAUCAGAAAUCACACCGGAGAGAGCUGAAAAGUCUGCAGUGUGUGGUCAUUCAGACUCCCAAUCCUGUGAUUUAUCCAAGCAUGUUGUAGUUGCAAAUACCACCCAGAGCAAUGUCAGCACUUGCCAUGAGAAAAUCCUCACAAAUUCAACAGUUACAUUGUCUGCCAAACAGCAAAGUGUCUCUAAUGAGACUUCUAAGGCUGUCUCUGUUCAGAAGACCUCAUCUGUCUCAGCUGUUAGACAACAAAUACAUACGACGACACAGAAAACAGUUUCUGUUUCCUCCAUGCAGUCUGCUCAAUCUGUCAUGGUUGACAAAGUCCAGACCUCAAUCACUGAUGUCACAAAAACUGAAAAUAUGAUGGCUGAUAGAAAGGAUUCCAAAAAUCAGAAAACAAAGAGCUCCAACAAGUCUGAAGAUAAAAACGAAGAGGAAAUGCAUUCUGAGAAAAUUCAUACAGAGGAAAAUGUAAAAUCAAGUAAAUCUGAGAAAAAAGACAAAAAUGGAAAGUCCAAAUCACCACAGUGUGAUAACAAGAAGAAAACUGAUCAUUCACCUACCAAGAACCAAGAGAAAGUUUCUAAAGAGCCCAUGCAAACAGAAAAGGAUGCCACCUCUACAAAUGGUAAAGCAAGCAAACCGAACCAAAAGUUGAAAAAGAACAAUAAGCAAGAAAGACAAGUAGAGACAAAAUCACCCAUUGAGAGUGAGAAACAGAGUGUUUCACAAGAUGUCAAGGUGGAUGUGAAGGAAGCUACUGAGGUGAAAGUGAUCAGUGAACCUAAAGAAGUUAAGACAGAGCUAAAGCAGGGGAUUAAGAAAGUUACUUCCUCUCCUGCUGCUGAAUCCACGCCUGCUGUUACUGUUAGCAUGACUGACAGCCAACCAGAAACUCCGGCUCCAGCAAAGAAGAAAAAGAAGUCCAAAAAGUCUAAAGGGGGUGCACAGCCAGGUCAAGGUAAAAAGAUGUCCACAGAAUCACAAACAUGUGUUACAGAAACCAAGACAGCAACGUCUGAAAAAUCCCACCAAACUCAGGAAACAAUUGCAGUUUCCCAAAUUCAUAAAAGUAUAAAAGAAGAGCAGAUUCAAGUCAAGAGAGAAAUCAUUACCACAGAAAGCAAAGAUGAUCAGAAUACCCAGCAACAAAAGGCAGUUCAAAAGCAAGUGAAGGGAUCUCAAAAGAAGAAAGGAGUGACAGUUAUUAAGCAGAGCGCAGAGGAACCAUCAGGAGAAAGUAAGAAUGUCCCAAUUACAGUGACAGGCGAGUCAGAGCACAAUGAACGGGUAAAGUCCACAGCAGAGAGAACAGAAGAAUCUCAGAGGCAAGAGGUCCAAGUGUUAAUCUCUCACAUCACAGAUAUACAAAGAGUUUCAGAAAAUACUGAUUCUAAAUCGGUGCUCAAAACCAUUCCAGAUUGGCUCUUGAGUCCGGAAAGUAAGUGUGAAAUGGAGGGAUCUGUGGUGGAAAGUGAUGCUCAAAAAAGUGAAGAAAUUCUUUCAGGUGUGAGGAAACUUGCAGAGGCUAAACUAAUGCAUCUAGAAGACAAUGAGACAAUGGAAAAGCAUGAAUGUGAGCCAGUUUCUGAGAAAUCUGUUUCUGGUGGGGCAACACCAAGAAUAUCCAAGAUCAGUAUUGGUUCUGCCAAAAUUGAGAACCAAACAAAGACCUCCCAUGAAAGACGGAAAGAAGAAGUGAGUCUGAGCAAGUCCGUUGAUCUUCGGGCUCCCUCGCCGUUACUGAGGAUGCGUUCUCCCUCACCAACGUUCAUCACCAUUGAAUCCACACGAAGAACCGACUCACCCCAGAGAGUAACUCCGUCGCCUACCCUGCUGCAUAGGCCACCCACACCUCCUACACCUCCGCCACGCAGGUGUGACACCCCGAUAUCACGCCUCACAAGAAUCACACCCUCGCCGACUUUUGACAGAGCAGAAAAUUUGGCUCGACUCAAAGACACGACAGCGAAGCUCUCACGUGGCGUCACGCCACCACCCCUGCUCCCCCAACAAAUCUCAGAGAGGAAAUCUGAGAUUGUGGAAUCACCUGCGUCAUUCCAUCGGCGAAUCAAAAUCGAGUCCCAACAUGUGGAGGCUUCAGGGACAUCGAUCGCAACAGAAAAGCCCAAAAAGUGUUUAUCUGGGGAGGCACAGCAGGCUGAUGUAAAUUCUGCAUAUGUAGAAGAAGAUCAAGCUAAUAUUUCAGAGAGUUUGUAUGCAAAUGAAAUACAAAAUAGUAUUGAGUGCCACAUGCCAAGUGACCCAGAUCUUAUUGAUUCUUCAGAUAUUUCAGAGCCAUCAUCUGUAUCCUUCAAAGAAAAGAGAGAGUUUUUUGAAGAGGCUCAAAAGGCUGAAAUUAACAAGACCUAUGUGCGAAAGGAACCCAUUGCUAUCCCUGAACGAUUGGGUACAGACAUGGAAGACUGUGAGGCAGAAAAUAAGAACAAAGAAAAGGAUGAGCUUCCCAGGGCAGACUUACAUGGUCUUGUAAACAAAUUUGAAUCACCAGAAGAUAAUUUCUUUUCCAGAAAAGAGGUUAUCCCACUCACAGAGUGGCUUCACAAUGACACUGAAAGCACAGAUGAUGACAAAGAGAAAGAAGACAUCCUGGAACAGGAAAUGCCAACUUUUGACAUCCAGGAUAUUAAAAAUGUUUUUGAACUGGGUGAGGAAAGUUCCUCAUUGAGAGAGUUGAAAAAGGAUCGGGAGGAGACUGUGUCAAGCCUAAGUGAAACAACAGCUGACACUUCAAAGCGAGAAAGUCCUCCAGAGACAAAGAGAGGCUCACGGCAGAGCACCCCCCUCCCUCCUCAGAAAACUGAGGUAGAAACUGUGCCAGCAGAACCAUCAGCCUUCUCUGAAACCAAAUCAAUCACAGAACAUUUCUCAAAUGUUGAUGAGUUUGGUAACAAGGUCACUGGAACAAGGACAGCUGUCACUGCACACUCUGAGAGUGUGUCAACCCAACGGGCUCCUUUUUCCUACGCUGAUGCAGUAAAAAAACAAGCUGCAGCAAUGAAGCAAACAGAAACCUACGAUGAUGAUGCUACAGACAAGUUGCUGAGUAAUUUCCACAAAACGUGGACAGAAAGUGAAUCCGUUUUCAAGAGUCUUGGCUACACUAUUUCUGAGGAGACAACAUCACAAGUUGUGUCACAUCAGACAAAUAUUGUCUCAUCUGUAGGUUCGAGUUCCAAAAGCGGAGAUCUGCACAGUAUGUCGGAGGAGAGCUUAUCCGAUGGAUGCUCUGAUAGUGGACAAAAAAAAGUACCAUAAAUCCUGUUUCUGCUGUGAGCACUGCAAAAAUAAAUUAAGCCUCGGAAAUUAUGUCUCUCUCCAUGGACACUUCUACUGUCUACACCAUUACAAACAACUCCUCAAGUCCAACGGGAACUACGAUAAUGGACUUGGAGAGAAACCUCCCACAGGAAGUGGUGGACCUAUCCCCUCAGAUGCGAAACUUGAAUGGCGAUAUUCCAUGAGCAGCCUAAGUUCCGUAGAUAAAACACACAGCAGUGAAAACGCAAUGACAAAAAUGUGCGAUGAAUGCAAACCACACUGCAACAAAAUAUCUGUAGUUUGGCCGCCACAGGCCGAUUCCCCAAAGAAAGCCUUUCAAAUAGAAGAUGAUAUUCAGCUAACUAAACCACAGUGGCCCCCUCCUGACAACUCCCCCAAGUCACCCAAACAACAACACAGAAAGGCUGUUCCCAGAAGUGUCCUUUAGAAUAAAACCACCCAACUACACAGUUCAGUCAAAUAAACCCAAAGAAGAUGCACAAAAGAAUGAAUGGUACAAUAAGAUGCUCUGAAAGCAACUGUCCUGUUGGUACAAUUUAGGAAGUGUUUGGUUGGAAGAUAUAUGCAGUCAAGUGAUUUAAAAAGGAACAUGAAAAGUGAUAUGAAAAGAAACUGUAUAUAGCCUACUUGUAAAUGGGAAUGUGAAUGGAAAAGCAUGUUGUAACUGGAAUAGUAAGUACUACAGAGAUUGAUGAUGAAAAGUGUGGAAAGUGGAUGUAGGCAUGAAGCAGUGUGCCUUGAACUGAUUUUUUUUCAUUCACUGUAUUUUAUCUUUAUUUUUCUUUAUUUUUGACUGCUAUAACAAUUGUCAUUUGCCUCAUUUGCCUUGUUAGACAAGAUAUAGCAAAAAACAGCAUCUUGACAAAAUUAAGAUCUGGAUCGAAUAUGAAUAUUGAUUUUGGUUUCAAUCUACAUUUCUGGGUGGAAAUAACUCAGAGGUUUAGUCACUUUUAAAAUCAGGUGUAUGUCUAAACCUUACAAUUCCCACUGAUCAUGAAAGAAGCACACUAAAAAAAGUUUUCCAAUAUAAUUCGGCUCACUUUCUUUUGGUUUAUUGUACAAUUCAAUUUAUUCUUUUGCUAGCAUGCCGGUUCAUGGAAAUAGUUUCAUACUGUGGACUCUGUUGUAUUAUUCUGUCAGGUCUUUUAUCUUUCAACAUUUCAACAUUUUUGCAUUUGCCUUUUUUAGCACCUGGUGUGCAGACUACUAAAAGCAUCUUGGAAUUGUUUUAUUUAUAAUAUUGAAAGUAUAUAAUAUAAACAAGUGAAUUGGUGAUAAUCCUGUUUGUUUUGGACAUUUGUAUCCUAUUUUGACAGAUAUUUUGCAAUGACGAAUUAUAUUUUUUAGAUUAGAUGGUUAUACCUUGCUUUGUACAAGAAAAUUCCUGAUUCUGUCAUCUCGCAGACUGGUUUACUUACUUUAUUGCUGAUCUAAGGGCAAUAAAAUAUUGAAUUUA